GCAACAAAGCUAAUGACAGGACGUUAUAUUUCCAGAUAGGUGAAUACAUUUUGCUAUUUUUAGCUUGAUUGUUUACAGUCACCUUUGGUCUUUCACUUCUCUUAAGAGAAAUUAAUGCAAAUGAAUGUCAUGAUAUAACCAUAGCCACAGGCAGAAGAAUGUGCUGGGUUGAAAAUAUGUGUAGAGACGUGUUACACACAGGGCUGUAAUUUUCUUUCUGGAGGCAGGGGCCGGCCUCCCGCAACAUCCUCUUUUGUAGAGGGGGUUGGGGUUUCUCCUGUGGAAGUUAGUCAUCCAGCUGUGUUAAGAUGCAAGUUCUGUUGGAGGAAAAGAAACCGAGUUCAAUCCAAAAGUGCUUAACAUGUUGAGAUAUUGCUGGGGCCUCACAGCGAGACGGUCAUAGGUUCGACCCCAGCUUGACGGAACUCUUGCCUUGAAACUACAUCUUUUCGUGUUGAUUUAACUGUGGUGAAACUAGAUGGGUAAUGGAUCAUCAUCAGGCAUGAAAGGCACCAGAGGAGAUGGUUCUUGAAUUAAAACCAGCCUGGGAGAGAAACCCCCGAGUUGAGCACCUGGCAGGGCAGAGGAACCAAGUGAGACCAAGUUUACUCCAGGUGUGAGUUGGGUGGAGGUGCAGAGCAGCAAACAUGGUGGCCCUGUCACUGAAGAUUGGCGUGGGGAACGUGGUGAAGACCAUGCAGUUUGAGCCCUCCACCAUGGUGUACGACGCCUGCCGCAUCAUUCGGGAGAGAGUCACAGAAGCACAGCUUGGACAGCCCAAUGACUACGGGCUGUUUCUGUCUGAUGAAGACCCAAAGAAAGGCAUUUGGCUUGAGGCGGGGAAGGCCCUGGACUACUACAUGCUGAGGAAUGGGGACACUCUGGAGUACAAGAAGAAGCAGCGUCCUCUGAAGAUCCGCAUGUUGGACGGCACAGUGAAGACUGUGAUGGUGGAUGACUCCAAAAUUGUCAGUGACAUGCUCAUGACCAUCUGUGCCAGAAUAGGUAUCACAAACUAUGACGAGUACUCGUUGGUGCGCGACAUUGGUGAAGAGAAAAAGGAGGAGAACACCGGCACGUUGAGAAGAGACAAGACCCUCCUGAGAGAUGACAAGAAGAUGGAAAAGCUAAAGCAGAAGCUACACACAGAUGAUGAGCUGAACUGGUUGGACCACGGGAGGACGUUGAGGGAGCAGGGUGUGGAGGAGACAGAAAUGUUGCUGCUCAGGAGGAAGUUCUUCUACUCAGAUCAGAACGUGGACUCCAGAGAUCCAGUCCAGCUCAACUUGCUCUAUGUGCAGGCUCGUGAUGACAUUCUGAACGGGUCUCAUCCAGUCUCCUUUGACAAGGCCUGUGAUUUUGCUGGAUUUCAGUGUCAGAUUCAGUUUGGGGAUCAUAAUGAGUCCAAACACAAACCUGGAUUCCUCGAUUUAAAAGAGUUUCUUCCUAAAGAAUACAUCAAGCACAAAGGAGAGAAGAAGAUCUUCCAAGCGCAUAAGACCUACCAGAACAUGACGGAGAUUGAGGCUAAAGUCAGUUACGUCAAGCUGGCCAGAUCUUUGAAAACAUAUGGAGUCUCAUUUUUUCUGGUCAAGGAAAAAAUGAAGGGUAAGAACAAGCUUGUGCCUCGUCUGCUGGGAAUCACAAAGGAGAGUGUGAUGAGAGUGGACGAGAAGACGAAGGAGGUGAUCCAGGAGUGGAAUCUGACCAACAUCAAGCGCUGGGCUGCGUCUCCAAAAAGUUUCACCCUUGACUUUGGGGAUUACCAGGACGGCUACUAUUCUGUGCAGACUACUGAAGGGGAGCAGAUUGCUCAGCUAAUUGCCGGUUAUAUUGACAUCAUCCUGAAGAAAAAAAAGAGCAAAGAUCAUUUUGGACUGGAGGGAGACGAAGAGUCCACCAUGCUGGAAGACUCUGUGUCGCCGAAGAAGUCCACCGUGCUGCAGCAGCAGUUUAACAGAGUGGGCAAGGUGGAGACAGGCUCUGUGGCUCUGCCUGCUAUCAUGCGCUCAGGAGCCGGUGGCCCAGAAAGUUUCCAGAUGGGUCUGAUGCCACAGGCCAAGCAGCACAUCACCAGUGGUCAAAUGCACCGUGGACACAUGCCUCCUCUGACCUCAGCUCAGCAGGCCUUGACUGGAACAAUCAACUCCAGCAUGCAGGCUGUUCAGGCUGCUCAGGCCUCUCUGGAUGACUUUGACUCGCUUCCCCCACUGGGAACUGAUGCAGCGUCACAAGCCUGGCGAAAGAACAAAAUGGAUGAGUCCAAACACGAGAUCCACUCCCAGGUGGAUGCCAUUACAGCAGGAACGGCCUCCAUGGUCAACCUCACUGCAGGUGACCCUGCAGAGACGGACUACACCGCGGUCGGCUGUGCUGUUACUACAAUCUCCUCCAACCUGACGGAGAUGUCAAAGGGGGUUAAACUCUUGGCAGCGCUCAUGGAGGAUGAAGGAGCAAAUGGUCAGCAGCUACUGGGAGCUGCCAAAAACCUGGCUUGUGCAGUCUCUGACAUGCUGAAAACUGCGCAGCCUGCUAACACCGAGCCUCGUCAGAUUCUACUGCAGGCUGCAGGGAACGUGGGUCAGGCGAGUGGAGAGCUGCUGUCUCACAUCGGAGAGACAGAUACUGAUCCUCAGUUCCAGUCUGCAGGUAAAGGAUCUUUCAGGGGCACCAGAGGGAGGGUGACUGGUCAUUUACUGGACAUGUUGAUGCAGUUGGCCAAAGCGGUUGCGAAUGCCGCUGCAGCUCUUGUGCUCAAAGCCAAAAAUGUGGCCCAGAAAACGGAGGACUCAACACAGCAGAACAGGGUCAUUGCUGCUGCCACUCAGUGUGCUCUGUCCACAUCUCAGCUGGUGGCCUGCACCCGAGUGGUGGCUCCAACCAUCAGCUCACCAGUGUGCCAGGAGCAGCUCAUUGAAGCUGGCAAGCUGGUGGCCAAGUCAGUGGAGGGCUGCGUGGAGGCCUCCCAGGGGGCUACUAAUGAUGAAGGCCUCCUCAAACAAGUUGGCGUUGCUGCCACUGGGGUCACUCAGGCCCUGAAUGAGCUGCUGCAGCACAUCAAGCAGUAUGCCAGUGGAGGAUAUCCCAUUGGACGACACGGAGAAGCCACAGAUCGCAUAUUGGAUGUCACAGAGAACAUUUUCAGCUCCAUGGGAGACGCAGGUGAGAUGGUCCGGCAGGCUCGCAUCCUUGCACAGGCCACGUCUGAUCUGGUAAAUGCGAUCAAGAUGGAUGCAGAGGGCGAGUCAGACCUGGAGAAUUCUCGCAAACUCCUGUCAGCUGCCAAGCUACUUGCCGAUGCCACUGCCAGGAUGGUGGAGGCUGCCAAGGGGGCAGCUGCAAACCCAGAUAGUGAAGAGCAGCAGCAGAAGUUGCGUGAAGCAGCAGAGGGGCUGCGCAUGGCCACAAAUGCUGCAGCCCAAAACGCCAUCAAGAAACGGCUUGUCAACAAGUUGGAGAACGCAGCCAAACAGGCAGCUGCAGCAGCUACGCAGACCAUCGCUGCGGCUCAGCAUGCCGCUUCUUCCAACAAGAACCUGGCAGCUCAGCAGCAACUGGUCCAGAGCUGCAAGGUGGUCGCAGAUCAGAUUCCCCAGCUAGUCCAAGGAGUCAGAGGGAGCCAGUCCCAGCCUGACAGCCCCAGUGCUCAACUGGCUCUCAUCAGUGCCAGCCAGAACUUCCUUCAGCCUGGUGCUAAGAUGGUAACUGCAUCCAAAGCCACAGUCCCAACCAUCAGUGACCAAGCAUCAGCCAUGCAGCUCAGCCAGUGUGCUAAAAAUCUGGCCAGUGCUCUGGCUGAGCUCCGCACUGCCACGCAGAAGGCUCAAGAAGCAUGUGGACCGUUGGAAAUUGACAACGCACUUUCAAUGGUCAGAGGUCUGGAGAAGGACAUUAAGGACGCCAAAGCUUCAGCCGAUGAGGGCAAACUCAAGCCUCUUCCUGGAGACAAUCUGGAGAAGUGCUCCCAGGAGCUUGGUACUAGCACAAAGGCUGUAAGCUCAGCUAUUGCUCAGCUGCUGAGCGAGGCCACACAGGGGAAUGAGAACUACACAGGAAUGGCAGCCAGAGAUGUGGCUCAAGCCCUCAAGACCCUGGCGUCGGCAGCAAGAGGAGUCGCUGCCACCACGGAUGAUGCAGCAGCUCGCGGGGCCUUGCUGGACUGUGCCAGUGAUGUCAUGGAUAAAUCAGCCAACCUGAUUGAAGAGACCAAGAGAGCUAUUGCUAAACCUGGAGACGCAGAGAGUCAGCAGAGAUUGGCUCAGGUGGCUAAGGCCGUCUCCCAGGCCUUGAACAGAUGUGUCAACUGCCUUCCUGGUCAGAGGGAUGUGGACAACGCCAUACGCACUGUGGGCGAAGCCAGCAAAACUCUCUUGUCAGAUUCUUUCCCAUCCAGCGGAAGAAGUUUCCAGGAAGUUCAGGCUCAGCUCAAUGAGGUUGCAGCUGGUCUGAAUCAGUCAGCCAAUGAAGUGGUUCAGGCCUCUCGUGGUACUACGCAGGACCUAGCUCGAGCCACCAGCAAGUUCGGACAAGACUUCAGCACCUUCCUGGAUGCUGGUGUUGAUAUGGCUGGAACCUCCCAGACAAAAGAAGACAGGACUCAGGUGGUGUCCAACCUCAAAACCAUCUCCAUGUCAUCCAGCAAACUGUUGUUGGCAGCCAAAGCCCUCUCCACUGACCCCAGCUCCCCCAACCUCAAGAACCAGUUGGCAGCUGCAGCUCGGGCAGUGACAGACAGCAUCAACCAGCUCAUCACCAUGUGCACUCAGCAGGCGCCAGGUCAAAAGGAGUGCGACAAUGCUCUCAGAGAACUGGAGUCUGUGAAGGGCAUGCUGGAGAACCCGACCGAAGCUGUCAACGAUCUCUCCUACUUCGACUGCAUCGACAGCGUCAUGGAGAACUCCAAGGUGCUUGGUGAAUCCAUGGCUGGUAUUUCCCAUAACGCCAAAAACUCGAAUCUACCCGAGUUUGGUGAUUCUGUUUCUGGUGGAUCCAAAGCGUUGUGCGGUCUGACUGAAGCUGCGGCUCAGGCUGCUUAUUUGGUGGGAGUGUCAGACCCCAACAGCACAGCUGGUCAGAAAGGUCUUGUGGAUCCUGCUCAGUUUGCUCGGGCUAACCAGUCCAUCCAGAUGGCCUGCCAGAACCUGGUGGAUCCAGCCUGCACACAGUCACAAGUGCUCUCUGCUGCCACGAUUGUGGCCAAACACACAUCUGCUCUCUGCAACGCCUGCCGCCUUGCCUCCUCUCAGACCCCCAACCCUGUGGCCAAGAGACAGUUUGUCCAAUCUGCCAAAGAGGUGGCAAACACCACCGCCAACCUUGUCAAGUCCAUUAAGGCAUUAGAUGGAGCCUUCAACCAGGAGAACAGGGAGAAAUGCCGGGCUGCCACAGGCCCUCUCAUAGAAGCUGUGGACAAUCUGACUGCCUUCGCUUCCAACCCAGAGUUCGCCAGUAUUCCAGCACAGAUCAGUCCUGAGGGCCAUGCUGCCAUGGAGCCGAUCGUGUUGGCUGCCAAAACCAUGUUGGAGAGCUCUACUGGCCUGAUCCAGACGGCCCGCUCACUGGCUGUGAAUCCCAAAGAUCCACCCAAAUGGUCCAUUUUGGCUGGACACUCCAGAACCGUCUCUGACUCCAUCAAGAAACUCAUUACCAACAUGAGAGAAAAGGCUCCUGGUCAGAGAGAAUGUGACGAUGCCAUUGAGGUUCUGAACGGCUGCAUCCGAGAGGUGGACCAGGCGUCUCUGGCUGCCAUCAGCCAGCAGCUCACACCACGUGAAGACAUUUCCAUGGAGGCUCUUCAUGAACAAAUGGCGGCCUCAGUCCAUGAAAUUAGCAAUUUGAUUGAGCCUGUGGCAGUAGCUGCUCGUUCUGAAGCGUCGCAGUUGGGUCACAAGGUUUCUCAAAUGGCCAGCUACUUUGAACCUCUCAUCAUGGCCGCCAUUGGCACUGCAUCCAAAAUUCUCAGCAGCCAACAGCAGAUGGCUGUCUUGGACCAGACCAAAACCCUGACAGAGUCGGCCCUGCAGAUGCUGUAUACUGCCAAGGAGGCGGGAGGAAACCCGAAGGCGGCUCACAUGCAGGAGGCUCUGGAAGAGUCUGUGCAGAUGAUGAAAGAAGCCGUGGAUGAUUUGGGGGCCACUUUGGCAGAAGCGGCUGGCGCGGCAGGAGCUGUUGGUGGAAUGGUGGACUCCAUCAAUGAUGCCAUCAACAAGAUGGAGGACGUGCCUGCGCUCGAACCUGAAGGCACUUUUGUGGACUACCAGACUACCAUGGUUAAGACUGCCAAGGCCAUUGCUGUCACUGUGCAGGAAAUGGUGACCAAAUCCAACACCAACCCUGAUGACCUUGGAGGCCUGGCCAAUCAACUGACCAAUGAGUUUGGAAAUUUAGCCGAUGAGGCUAAAUAUGCCGCCAUCACUGCAGAGAAUGACGAGAUUGGUUCUCACAUCAAGAAGCAGGUUGGCGAGUUAGGUUUCAGCUGUACUGGUCUGGUAACCAAAGCAGGAGCUCUGCAGUGCAACCCCAAUGAUAGUUUCACCAAGAAGGACCUGAUAGAGAGCGCCCGCAAAGUCUCAGAGAAGGUCUCGCACGUGUUAGCUUCCCUCCAGGCUGGUAACCGUGGCACCCAGGCCUGCAUCACUGCCGCCAGCGCUGUGUCUGGAAUCAUCGCAGACCUCGACACAACUAUCAUGUUCGCUACAGCUGGAACUCUCAACAGAGAAAACGCAGAAACUUUUGCGGACCACAGAGAGUGCAUCCUGAAGACAGCCAAGGCUUUAGUAGAGGACACAAAGCUCCUGGUGUCAGGAGCUGGAGCCAGUCAAGAGAAGCUGGCUCAGGCGGCCCAGUCCUCAGUGAUCACUAUAACCAAGUUGGCUGAUGUGGUCAAACUGGGUGCGGCCAGUCUUGGUUCUGAAGACCCAGAAACUCAAGUGGUUUUGAUCAAUGCAGUGAAGGAUGUAGCUAAAGCUCUGGGGAACCUCAUCAGCACCACCAAAGCAGCUGCUGGCAAACCUCACGAUGACCCCAGCAUGCUGCAGCUGAAGAACUCUGCUAAGGUGAUGGUGACAAACGUAACGUCUCUCCUGAAGACUGUUAAAGCUGUGGAGGAUGAAGCCACCAAGGGCACCAGAGCUUUGGAGGCUACUAUUGAACACAUCCGACAGGAACUGGCCGUGUUCAGCAGCUCCGAACCACCAGCUAAGACGACCACUCCUGAGGAGUUCAUUCGCAUGACCAAAGGCAUCACGAUGGCGACGGCAAAGGCAGUGGCUGCAGGGAACUCUUGUCGUCAGGAAGACAUCAUUGCCACGGCAAAUCUCAGCCGGAGAGCCAUCGCUGACAUGCUGCACUCAUGCAAGCAAGCUGCCUAUCACCCAGAGGUCAGCAAGGACGUGCAGAUGCGAGCCCUGCGCUACGGCAAUGAGUGUGCCACUGGCUAUUUAGGACUGCUGGAGCAUGUGCUUGUGAUAAUCCAGAAACCGUCUCACGAUAUGAAGCAGCAGUUGGCCGGCUACUCCAAGCGGGUGGCAGGUUCCGUCACUGAGCUCAUCCAGGCUGCCGAAGCCAUGAAAGGCACUGAGUGGGUGGACCCCGAGGAUCCCACUGUCAUCGCAGAGAACGAGCUGCUGGGUGCCGCUGCCGCUAUUGAAGCUGCUGCCAAGAAACUGGAGCAGCUGAGGCCCAGGACCAAACCCAAGGAAGCGGAUGAGAGCUUGAACUUUGAGGAGCAGAUACUUGAGGCUGCCAAGUCCAUCGCAGCUGCCACCAGUGCUCUGGUCAAAGCUGCCUCGGCAGCUCAGCGGGAGCUGGUGGCUCAAGGGAAGGUGGGAGCGAUACCAGCCAACGCAGUGGAUGACGGCCAGUGGUCGCAGGGCCUGAUUUCAGCCGCUCGCAUGGUCGCCGCAGCAACCAACAAUCUGUGUGAAGCUGCCAACUCUGCGGUCCAGGGACACGCCAGUGAGGAGAAACUCAUCUCGUCAGCCAAGCAGGUGGCAGCGUCUACUGCUCAGCUGCUGGUGGCCUGCAAGGUCAAGGCUGACCAGGACUCCCAGACCAUGAAGAGACUCCAGGCCGCUGGAAAUGCAGUGAAGAGAGCUUCAGACAAUCUUGUGAAAGCAGCACAGAAGGCGGCAUUCGACGCGCAGGACGACCAGGCUGUGGUGGUGAAGAGCAAGAUGGUGGGAGGCAUCGCUCAGAUCAUCGCAGCUCAAGAAGAAAUGCUGCGCAAAGAACGAGAGCUGGACGAAGCCAGGAAGAAGCUGGCCAUGAUCCGGCAGCAGCAGUACAAGUUCCUCCCCUCCGAGCUGCGGGAGGACAGUCAGGAGCAGUGAGCGACAGGCUGCCUGGUCCAGACGUGUGAAGAGCUCAGGACCUACUCCAGCUCCUCUCAGAGAUAAGAGGUGUCGUGCUGCAGCAGAACAAAUCAGGAUAUCAUGAGUCUGUAUUUAAUUGUCAUGUCAGAUGUGCUCUAUGCCAGGGAUUAUCAGUAAUACAGAACUAUAUAUAUGCCCUAAAUCCUGCUCUUUCAUUCUUUUCCUUUUCCAAAUAUAUACUUUUUUUUUUUACUUAUUUUGUAUCUGUGGUUAGUCUUUGUACAUGUGCCUUCAAACUGUUCUGUCCAUGAUAAACGUCUAUGCAAAUAUUAUUGUGUGACCUGUCUUUAGGGGGUCACAUGACGCUGAUGCUGCGCAAUGCAUGUUUGGAUCUAAUCUGAGGAUGUUGGAUGAAAAAAUAUUGCAAUAAUAAUGAACUUUGGAAAGGAACAAUCCAAGAGUAUUUUUUUAAAAGAUAUGAAAUGUAUUGAAUUGUUUUUUACAGUCAGGUGCCAUGAUAUUUGGAUUGAAGCAACAACUGUAUUCAGACUUGGAUUAGAUUAGAUUAUUAAAGCCAUAUAUUUAACUGUAAGUUACUUGAGCUUUUAUUCAUUUGGGUGUUUGGUGUUUAUUUGCUCACUCCUGCCACGUUGCCUGACUAUUCUAUAGUCCAUUUCCGUCUUCAGUCUGAGCGUGGUGUUUUGGUGAAGCUGGGAUCCAGACUCACUUGGUCUUGACUGGAGACGUCUCGAUAAAGUGCACUUAACUCACCACGAUAAUUUAUCAGCAUCACAUGGCUCCACUGUUACCAAAACACCUACUGUUAGAACACAUGCGGAGCAGGACGCCUCACUGGAACAUCUGUAAUCGUGCAAAGCCAUUUAUGUUCUUCUGUUCACUCUUUGACCUGAAAGUUGAUGAAACUCUGGUGAGGAGCAGUGGAGGAGAGCUGCAAGAGAAUAAAACCAGUUUUCAU